UGUCAGUCGCGGAGGCCAGAGCCUUCGCCGGGGAAGCGCAUCCCGGCUCCGGUGCUCCGGCUGCCACCCCGGCUGCUCGCCUGCUGCGGCUGAGGGAGCCCGCGCGGGCGCCACCGCCGCCGCCGCCGCCGUCCACCGCGCGCAGCCAGCGCCGCGGGGCUUGCGGGAGGCCGCCGGGAGGGGCGGGCGCGCGAGCGGAGCACGAGGAGGCGGAGGCGGGGGAGAAGUGAUGCUGGCGCCGGGGAUCCGGGCAGCGGCAGCGGAGAAUAAGCAUCUUCGGGACCCCGACUGCAGCGUCCCCGUGGCCCGCGGGCCAGCCGAACGGCCGGAGACCGCGCGUCCCGUGGGUAAGAUCUGUUAGAGACACAUCAAGGAUUGCGGAGUACAGAAGGGGACAAAGGGUUGUAUAUCAAAAAAGACUCAACUCUCAGAGGAAGACAGAAGAGUUCAUCGUAGGAUUGACGUGGAAAAGUGAUGUGGACAAACUUCGGCCAAAGAAGCAUAAGGACUAGUUUCCUGCGGAAGGAAGAUAUGGGUUUCCAUGGAGCUAUCAAUGGUGCUCAUCUCAGGAUUCUGCAAUUUGGUGAAUGGCAGCUUCUGGAGUGCGCCUCUCAAAUCUCUGCAGACCAAUGGAGACCAUGCUAGAUGCUCUACAGCUGUAGUGAGAAGAAAGCAGAGGCAGCAGGCCUGGUCCAAAAGAUUUCUGAGGAAGAUUUCUGAGGCAUGGACCUUCCAUCAGGUUUGGAAGAACGUAAAGUGAAUAUGCCGAUGCCACAGAACAGAUAAGGUCCUCGGACACCCCCAACUAACUCCUCUCGGGCAGAAUUUCUAGAUUGCUGAGUAAUAUGCUACCUUUGCGAGAGGACAAGAAACUAGUGACCAAAAGGUGUGUUCCUCAGUAUUUGGACUAGACGUGUCUCAAGACAAUGGCUUCAAAGGUCUCCUGCCUAUAUGUAUUGACCGUUGUGUGCUGGGCCAGCGCUCUCUGGUACUUGAGCAUUACAAGACCUACUUCAUCCUACACUGGCUCGAAGCCAUUCAGUCACCUAACAGUUGCCAGGAAGAACUUCACCUUUGGCAACAUAAGAACUCGACCUAUAAACCCACAUUCUUUCGAAUUUCUUAUAAAUGAGCCCAACAAAUGUGAGAAGAACAUCCCCUUCCUUGUGAUCCUCAUUAGCACCACACACAAGGAAUUUGAUGCCCGCCAGGCAAUCCGGGAGACAUGGGGGGAUGAGAACAACUUCAAAGGGAUCAAGAUAGCCACGCUUUUCCUCCUGGGCAAAAAUGCCGAUCCUGUUCUGAACCAGAUGGUGGAACAAGAGAGCCAGAUAUUCCAUGACAUCAUCGUAGAGGACUUCAUUGACUCCUACCACAACCUCACCCUCAAAACCUUAAUGGGGAUGAGAUGGGUUGCCACUUUCUGUUCAAAAGCCAAGUACGUCAUGAAAACAGACAGUGACAUUUUUGUGAACAUGGACAACCUUAUUUAUAAACUCCUGAAACCCUCUACCAAGCCAAGAAGAAGGUAUUUUACUGGUUAUGUCAUCAAUGGUGGGCCGAUCCGGGACGUCCGCAGUAAGUGGUACAUGCCCAGGGACUUGUACCCUGACAGCAACUACCCUCCAUUCUGUUCGGGGACUGGCUAUAUCUUUUCUGCUGAUGUGGCUGAACUCAUUUACAAGACCUCACUCCAUACCAGGCUGCUUCAUCUUGAAGAUGUGUAUGUGGGACUGUGUCUUCGUAAGCUAGGCAUACAUCCUUUCCAGAACAGUGGCUUCAAUCAUUGGAAAAUGGCGUACAGUUUGUGCAGGUACCGUCGCGUUAUCACUGUCCAUCAGAUCUCCCCGGAAGAAAUGCACCGAAUCUGGAAUGACAUGUCAAGCAAGAAGCAUCUCAGAUGUUAAGAUUUUUAAUCAAUGUAAAUAAGUUUCUUUUCUAAGAUGUGGGGACUAAGGUGUUGGUAUUUUGCAGGGGUCACCCAGGGAACAUGAAGUGGUAAGGGGGUUUUGUAAAGUUUUUGUUUCCUGUUUCUAGCUUCUUUCUUGGAUGAGUAAUUUACAAAUACUGGACUUGGUCAUAGAAACAGUGAGUGAGUUAGAAGGGCCAGAUUUCAUUCUCAGGUCCCAAGACAUUGCCAUUUAUCUAAAAAAGUGACUCUCAAUAACUGCUAGAAUUCAUACACUGAGCAUCUGAGAUAAGAAAAAAAAAAAUCUGGUCAGCAAAUAGAAACUCACAGUGAGGUUUUCAUACCAUACCCUCAAAAGUAAGUAGUAACUCUAUUUUAAAAACAAAAAUAAGCCAGAAAAGAUACACAGUCAGAAAGACACACUGGGUGUGACUAUCAAUGCGGAGUGCUCUUGUCCAGUUGCAUUUUUACAUAUGUUGCAAUGGAAUGCAAACAGAAUGAGAGAUUCUACCAAUAAGUGAUUUUAUUCCCGGUAAAGAGACUGUGAUGAAAUAGAUGGGAAUUUAAACUUGAGAAUCAAUUAUUCUAUAUGUGUAGAAAACACCUCAGCCUGUACUUCCAAGGAUUAAAUCUGGUCAGUAGGUGGGGUACACGUAAAAUGCUACUUUAAGUAAAAAAAAAAAAAAAAAAAAAAAAAAAAAAAAAAAAAAAAAAAACUUUAUUUGUUUUUCAGAACAAAGAUUACAUGACGCCACCAAGGAGACUGCCAAAAUGUAGUACUCUCACCUGCUUCCUUCCAUACAAUGCCUCUAAGUGCAUUUUACAGUUCUGGGAUCAGGCAGGUGCAUGUCUCCAGGUGUAGAAAUCAAGUUGGUGGAAGGCCGGGAAGCAAUACACAACAAUUGAGAAAGCGAAUCUAGGUGUCUGAUCUAAUUAGCAUAAGCUUAGCAGUAGUGUCCAAUGCCCCUCUCAUGGAUCUGAGAAAAUCUUUAACGCGUCCUAGUAUUACUGAAAGAUGUGGCCCUGCUACCAAUGAACGUAAUACUCUUAACAUCUACAGCAUUCAAGUACCUUUAGCAACAAAGCUGUUUUGAGAUGUUCCAGAGGUUCUGUGGCUGAGAUCCAUGGGAAGGAAGAACGGGGACGCCCGAGUUCAGAUCCCACUGAUGCCACAAACGUAUACGGACCACAUGAAUAGGCAUCUCAUUUUUGACGUACUUCUGUAUGCUCAUGUGUAAAAUGGCUAAAAAGAAACAUCUACCUCACAGGUACUGUGAGAGCAAAUCACAUUUGCUAAUAAAUAUAUUGAGAUCUUUAGUUUAAAAGGUGCUAUGUAAUGCCAUGUAUCAUGCGUUGUGCUAAAUGCUAAAGUGAUUACAGCGAUUAUAAAGAUGGUCAUCCGUUGUGGUAACAUCAUCCUGAUAUAACAAUUUACCAAAAUAAAGAUUGACUGUGAAAUAUCAGUGUACCUAAUUCUUCCAAGACUUUCGAUGUUUCCUUGCCUCUAGGUUAGUUGACUGGGGAAGCUUCGAUUUCUCUGCCACGUCUCCGGUUUUGGUGACGAAUGUGUCACCUCGGUGUGCUGCCUUGGAAUCCCAGGAUGUUUAAACCAAGAGCAUCUGCUUUGCUUUGGGGAGGAGCUUUGCAUAUGCUUUGCAAAAUGCAUCCUGACAACUUAAGUUUUAGGAAUUUAACAUUUGCCCUGAAUUCUUAAAAAUCUUUAGGACAAGUAGAGCUAAUCUUCUCCAUCAGAAGUUAGAUAAGCCCUCAGCAAACUUCCUUGUUGUACAAGUACCAUUCCAUAGGGAACUCAUUGUUAUCAUGCAAGGAAAGCCCCACAGCUGAAGGAGCUGUUUCCUUUAUCUAUUUCGUUUGUGUAAUGACCUCUGGAGUACACCCCUAGAAGCGGAUAGCAAUAGGGAGACAAAGAAAUAAAAUGGAAUCCCACAAUCAUAUAAUCUCUUGCUAGGAAACACUAGAUCUCUCAUUAGCCCCAAAUUACUAAAUGAUACAGGACUUCCCAGCCUUUAAAAUUAUUAUUAUUAUUAUUAUUAUUAUUAUUAUUAUUAUUAUUGAGUGGUGUCAAACAGCUUGGGAAGAGAUGAAGCAGGACAAGGUGAGCUGCUCUCCCACCAUCCGGCCUCAGCUGCUGUGAGCUCCAGUCGCUGGGAAAGUCUCCUCAUGCCCUCAUGCCUCAUUUGCCUCCCAGUUGCACAGUUGAACACAGUCUCUGUCUCCCACAAUGGCCUUGCAUCUGCCCCAUGCUCAGCCAAGCCACUUUUCAUGCCAAGAAUCUCACAUUACAAUAACCGUGUAUGUACAUCUAUGAACUGCUUUAUAUGUAUGUGUGGAAUAUGCAUAGAGCCCUAAUCUUGAAAAGGAGAACAAAAGAAAAAACAGAAAAUCAUAUGUCUUAAAGGACUGUUUCUUAACCUUUUUAUGCUACACAGUGCCCUAUAUGACAAACAUGUAAAUAGACACCGAAGAUUACAUGUACAUAUUUUAAAAGUGAUUUUUUUUUUGUCACUUCAAUUGUAUGUACAGCUAAAAUCUGCUUGAAAUGUAACAUUUUCCUCUGCAUGGAACUUGAUGAGGCAAGGCCAUUUGUCCAGUAUUUCAAUAGCCUUAAGCAUGUUCGCUCUUUGUUUUUCUGGACAUUCAAAAAAAAAAAAUGUUUAACUUGUCAAGGAAAAAACUCUAAUUGUUCUUCCUUCUGUUAAUUCUAUAACAAGAAACUGGUCAAAUUAUUGUUGUGGUUUUUAUUAAGCCAUUCUUACCAUUUCUUUAAGAAAAAAAAAUUUCAUAAUAAUGCCAGUGCUCUGGGGCUGGGGGUGUGACUCAGCAGUAAAGCACUCCCCUAGCAUGCAAAGGGCUCUGGGUUCAGUCCUCAGCACUGCAAUAACAUUGUACCAGAAGUCAUUCAAAUAAUUUUUCUAAACACUGAUUCCCCAUUAUUUCUCUGUUAUGUACUGGAUAACAUCAGUAGCUAUAAUCUUGAAAGUUUCUUAGUGUAUUGCUUUGAGGAAAAAUGCUUUCUCUUUGGUGCGUCAUUUAUGUGGCUUUGUGUCCUCUUGGAGCAGUUUCAAUAUACAACAACGUACUUUUAAAUAUCCAGAUUCAAAAACAUGAAGAGCGUUUUUUAUUUGAAUUGAAUACGGAAGAACAAAACCCCUUAUGUGAUAAGCUACUAUGGAGGGGAAACAAACUCUUUACAGAGAAGUCAAGGAAGGAGUUUUUCAAUCAAAUUUCUUCUAACAAAAGACAAUGGGAUAUUUCUGUACAGUGUGUGGAAUUCAUUUUCUACCUUUCCUAAUAUGUGGCUUCAACGCGGGAAAUUGAUUGUAUCAUUUCUGUAAAGGUGAAAAUACUUUUUAUAAGCAAGAAGUAACUUGUGAAUGAAAGGAGCAAUUCACUAGAAACGCUUGAUGAUAAUUGACAUUUAGGUAUAUUGUUAUAUAUGAAUGACUGUAUUUAUGUAUUUAUUUGUUCAAAAUUGUACAUACGGUUUCGCCAAAAGUAACUGUGUGUUAAAGUGCACUCUCUGGGUUUGUAUUUAGGGUUACAUGGGUUGCCAAUCAAGCUGCUAAUCAGAAUACUAUUUUUUUGUAUCAGUGUUACAACAUGUGACAAAUAGAUAAAGCUGUCUUUUCGUUCAUUUUCUUUCCCUUCCUCUUGAAAUGUAAACUGUCGGUUGAAAGCACGAUGCUGAUGUACAGGCUCAUCUGUCAAGGGGAAGAUCAUGGUUUCAUAAAGCUGAUUUUUUAAACUCCUGGGAUCAAUAAACAAAAGAAGAACUGGUA